AUGAUUGAUGAAGAUGUUUCUGGCAUCCUGUCUCGGAUGUCCUUAUAUGGAAGCUUUCUGUCAGACGAGCAGUUCCUGUGCUCGAUCUGCCUCGAUGUGUUCAACAACCCUUCCUCCACACCGUGUGGCCACAGCUUCUGCAUGGCCUGCAUCAGCAAAUACUGGGACGGAUGUAAGGUUUUCCUGUGUCCUCUGUGUAAGAAGACCUUCCAGAAGCGACCAGAGCUUCAGAUCAACAGGACACUGCGAGAGAUCACCAAUCAGUUCAGACCCAUGACAGGAGGGGAAGGAGUGCGGAUUGAGAAGAGAGGAGGAAGAGGAGGAAGAAACGGAGACAUGCCAGUCAAUUUCAUUCCAAUUGCUGCCCUGACAAACUGCUCCGGAUCUCCUGAGCCACCUCCCACGUUCCCCCACUCCAGCGGCCGGAGAAGGUUCACCGUGACUGGGGCUGCAAGCAGCCGGAGCCUCCCUAUCUGUGAGAUCCACCACAGAGGAAUAUUGAAGGACCAGCUGAGUGUGUCGGAGCAGGAGAUCCAGGAGAUGAUCGGAGAGAGAAUCAGGAAGAUCGAGGAGAUCAGACUGUCAGUGACUGAACUGGAGUUGGCGGUGGAGCAAGAGACUGUGGGCAGCGUUUGCAUGUUGUCAGAGCUUAUGUCUGCCAUCCAGCACUCCCAGGCAGAGCUGAUGGAGGUGAUGGAAAUGAGCCGGAGGGCGGCCGAGCACCAGGCCGACUCCAUGAUACGAGAGCUGGAGCUGGAGGUUGAAGAACUACGGCGGAGAGAAAGCGCUCUCGCCCAGCUCGCCCAAUCAGAUGACUAUAUGCACUGUGUCAAGACGUUCCCCAACCUCUCCAGUCCUCCACCGACCAAAGACUGGUCUGAUGUGUCGGUGAACUCUGACCUGGGAACAGGGACCAUCUACAGGUCGCUGGCAGCUCUGGUGGAGAGUUUUCAGGAAGAGCUGGAGACGAUUGCAGAAACAGGUUUUCCUGACUCAGUAAUGGAACUCAUCCCGGUCCGAACACAGCCCAGGAUAAGGAAGAUACAGGAGUAUGCAGUGGAUGUGACUCUGGACAGCAACACCGCUCAUCCCAGACUGAUUUUGUCAGAGGACCUGAAGAGUGUGAGGUGUGGAGAUAAACACCAGAUGCUUGCAGACAAUCCGGAGCGGUUUAACAGAGUCGUCUGUGUCAUAGGGAGGGAGGCGAUCUCGUCUGGGAGACACUACUGGGAGGUGGAGGUGGGCGGGAAGACUGACUGGGAUCUGGGCGUGGCCAGACAAUUAAUCAACAGGAAGGGGAAGGUUGAAGUUACCCCAAGCAAUGGAUACUGGUUCCUCAGCCUGAGAGACAAAAAAAAGUACGCUUUUCGCACUGAACCCUCCACAGACGUCCAUCUGAACCUCCGUCCAAACACGAUUGGGAUAUUUGUGGACUAUGAGAAAGGACAGGUGUCUUUCUACAACGUUGAUGCAAAAAUCCACAUCUACACUUUCAAUGACACUUUCAGCGAGUGCAUCUACCCGUUCUUCAGCCCCUGCACUAAUAAAUCUGGGAAGAACGACGGGCCACUUAUUAUCAAGCCAGUCAUCAUGAAGGAGUGA